AUGUCAAGAGAAAAACAGCCCGAUUUGGAGAGUGGAUUUCCCGAUGAACCUGAUCAGCAAAAAUCUCAACAAUCAAACUCACCUACGCGUCCAACUGAUUAUUUCAAUUAUUAUCCACCAUUACUGAUACUCAUCCUUGAGAUUCUAGUUUGGGUGAUUUUGGCUUUACUUUGUUUCACCGCUCCGAACGGUGGUUUAUCUGCUGUUUUCAAAGAUGGUAGUUCGUACAUUGGUGUAUUGAGGAAAUGCUCAGACAGUUCUUGUGAUCCAUACAUGGUAUCUGGUUCAAGCUCAAGUAUAAGUUCGCCCUCUUCUUCGUCCACCUCUUCACCAUCCAGCUUGACCUCUUCUUCCGACACGACAGAUUCCACGACGGAAAGCAUCAAGAGUUUGAUUGAAAAGCGAGACUUAUCUUCAUUCGAUCUAGCCAAUUUUUUCCUUUCAACAGGGUUAGCUACAUUAGCUUGCUUUUGGUUGAUGUCAUAUACACUCUUAUUCAUCUUGAUAAGAUAUUUCUCUUCUUCUUUACCUAAUAAUAAUCCAUCAUCAACCCCCAAAAAGGACGAGAUCUCUCUAUUCUCAUUCAAAAGGGAGAAUAUGAGAAAUAUAAUUAAAAUGUUGAAGAAAUUCGCUUGGAGAUCAGGAAGGAUUUUUACUUUUGUCCUAACAUUUAUCAUAUUAGGUAUUGCAGGUGAUUGUACUCUGAAACUGUUUACCGUGACAGGUGGUAAAGGUAUUGGAAUGGGUAUAAUCUUACUUUGGAUAACGUUCAUCUUACUCAUCCUGAUCAACUUGUUGGAGAUGAAUAGGAAUUGUAUACGUCGCAAAGCAGAUUUAACGAUCUGGGGAUUUAGAUGUCUUCAACUACCUAAACAUAAAUCACGUAUGAUUCGUAAAUGGCAGGAACACGAUAAGAAGUUGGGAGAUCCCGAGUACAAUGAGAAGGAGGCGAUGGAUGCUCAGGAUAGUUGGAGCGGUGGAUCACAUAGUAACAGUAGAACAAGGGGAGAUAAGAAUAACAGGCGAUCGAAUAAUGAUGAUUAUGAUAAUGUCCCCUUGUAA